GAAUUAAGGGGUGUGUUUCGAGGAAGUUUUUUUUCUUCUAGGAACCAACUGUCUGCAACCAAGGGCUAUCAGGCGUGGAUCUUCUCAACUCAACUUCUAAUCAAUUCAAACCUUGCACAAAUUCGGGUAGAGUUUAUCUGAAGCUAUGAGCAGCCCACUGAGUGAUCAUGAAAAGAGAAAACAGAUCAGCGUGCGUGGCAUUGCAGGGUUGGGCGAUGUCGUAGAAAUCAAGAAAAGUUUCAACAGGCAUCUUCACUUCACUCUUGUCAAAGAUCGCAAUGUAGCCACCCCUCGGGAUUACUACUUCGCCCUGGCUCACACAGUCAGGGACCACCUCGUUGGGAGAUGGAUCCGCACUCAGCAAUAUUAUUAUGAAAAAGAUCCAAAGAGGAUCCACUAUCUAUCAUUGGAGUUUUACAUGGGUCGGACCCUUCAGAACACCAUGAUCAACCUGGGCCUGCAGAAUGCCUGCGAUGAAGCCAUCUACCAGCUGGGCUUGGACAUAGAGGAGCUGGAGGAGAUCGAGGAGGAUGCUGGCUUGGGGAAUGGGGGACUGGGCCGCCUUGCAGCUUGUUUCCUGGACUCCAUGGCCUCUCUAGGCCUGGCGGCCUAUGGCUAUGGUAUCCGCUAUGAGUUUGGCAUCUUUAACCAGAAGAUCUCCAAUGGCUGGCAGGUGGAGGAGGCUGAUGAUUGGCUGCGGUAUGGAAACCCGUGGGAGAAGGCUCGUCCAGAGUACAUGCUCCCUGUGCAUUUCUAUGGCCGAGUGGAGCAAACAGCAGAGGGUGUAAAGUGGGUGGAGACCCAGGUUGUCCUGGCCAUGCCUUAUGACACUCCUGUGCCUGGAUUCAAGAACAACACAGUUAACACCAUGAGACUGUGGUCUGCCAAGGCACCCAUUGACUUCAACCUGCAGGAAUUCAAUGUUGGUGACUACAUUGAAGCUGUGUUAGACCGCAACCUGGCUGAGAACAUCUCACGCGUCCUCUAUCCCAACGACAAUUUCUUUGAGGGCAAGGAGCUGCGUCUGAAGCAAGAGUACUUUGUGGUGGCCGCCACACUGCAGGACAUCAUCCGCCGCUUCAAGUCUUCCAAGUUUGGCUGCAGAGACCCUGUCAGGACCUCCUUUGAGACCUUCCCAGAGAAGGUGGCCAUCCAGCUGAAUGACACCCACCCUGCCUUGGCCAUCCCUGAGCUGAUGAGGAUCCUAGUGGAUCUGGAGAAGUUGGACUGGGACAAGGCUUGGGAGGUGACGCGUCAGACCUGUGCCUACACCAACCACACCGUCCUGCCUGAGGCCCUGGAGCGCUGGCCCAUCAACCUGUUUGAGAAGCUGCUGCCUCGCCACCUGCAGAUCAUCUACGAGAUCAACCACCUCCACCUCCAAAGGAUCGCUGCCAUGUUCCCAGGGGACCAUGACCGUCUGAGGAGGAUGUCCCUGAUCGAGGAGGGAGACCCCAAGAGGAUCAACAUGGCCCACUUGUGUGUGGUGGGCUCCCACGCUGUCAACGGGGUCGCCCGGAUCCACUCUGAAAUCGUCAAGAACACUGUUUUCAAGGACUUCUAUGAGGUGGAGCCAGAGAAGUUCCAGAACAAGACCAAUGGUAUCACUCCUCGCCGCUGGCUGCUGCUGUGUAACCCAGGCCUGGCUGACCUCAUCGCUGAGAAAAUUGGAGACGACUUCUUGACAGACCUCUUCCAGCUGAGGAAACUACUGGACUUCAUUGAUGAAGAUGCUUUCAUUUGUGACAUCGCCAAUGUAAAACAGGAGAACAAGCAGAAGUUUGCAGCCUACCUGGAGAAGGAGUAUGAGGUGAAGAUCAACCCUGAGUCCAUCUUUGACAUCCAUGUGAAGAGAAUCCAUGAGUACAAGAGACAACUGCUCAACGUCCUCCACAUCAUCACCUUCUACAACCGGAUUAAAAAGGACCCCUCUAAACACUUUGUUCCCAGGACUGUGAUAAUUGGAGGAAAGGCUGCACCUGGCUACCACAUGGCCAAAAUGAUCAUCAAGCUGAUCACGGCGGUGGGCCAGGUGAUCAACAACGACCCGGUGGUGGGGGACAGGUUAAAGGUCAUCUACCUUGAGAACUACAGGGUCUCCCUAGCAGAGAAAGUGAUCCCUGCAGCUGACUUAUCAGAACAGAUCUCCACAGCGGGAACAGAGGCCUCUGGCACUGGCAACAUGAAGUUCAUGCUGAACGGAGCGCUCACCAUCGGCACCAUGGACGGCGCCAACGUAGAGAUGGCUGAGGAGGCCGGAGAGGAGAACCUCUUCAUCUUCGGCAUGAGGGUAGAGGAUGUGGAUGCCAUGGACAAAACAGGGUACAAUGCCAGGGAGUACUACGAGCGUCUAUCAGAGCUGAGGCAGGUGAUAGAUCAGAUCCAGACUGGCUACUUCAGUCCCAAAGAGCAUGAGCUCUUCAAGGAUGUGGUGAACAUGCUGAUGAACCACGACAGGUUCAAAGUGUUUGCUGACUAUGAGGCCUACAUCACUUGCCAAGAUCGAGUCAAUGAGCUAUACAAGAACCCUAAAGAGUGGACAAGAACAGUGAUUCGAAACAUUGCGGGUUCCGGCAAGUUCUCCAGCGACCGAACCAUCAGCGAGUACGCCCGGGAUAUCUGGGGCGUGGAGCCCUCCGAUGUGAAGAUCCCACCCCCCAACGAGCCCCCUGUUGAAUCCCGCAAAUGAGGAGCCCGCCUUCACUCUCCAGUUAGGAGAGAAGUGCUUGUGUUACUUCUCCUCGCUGUAGGUCUGUCUCAUCAGGCUUGACUCAUAGCCCACCCAUUACCACAUUGCAGAGAUGGGGUUCGAGUCGGAGGCAGAUCGCAUGUACAACGUCUUAAACAGCCAAAGGAAGCGUGUUUGACUCUAGCCUCUGCUUACUAUUACUCCUGCUUGUCUUUGACUCCACCAUGUGCACGUAUACUGUAGAUGCCAAUCCCAGUUGAUCAGUAAUGACCAUACAGUUUACACUGCUGAAUAUGAUUGGUCUACUACUGCCUCGGAAUAGUCAACCAAAAAUAACACAUUUUGUUUGCUACUAAGACUUGUAAUGGGGAUUUUGUUUUAAUCAUCACUGACAAAGCAUUGCAUUUCAGAGUUAUAGAAUGUGUACUGUGAUAUUUGUCUAUAUGUUAAGUAAGUGCCUGGUCAUUAAUGUACCAAUUUUGGACCAUAGCAUUCAUAAGAGAGAGAAACAAUUAUCUAGAAGCAAGUGCCUGGUUUAAAGUUGUAACAUGCCAUUGGUCUAAUGGAACGUUUUGUACAAUUCUACUGUAUUUGAUUUGAAAAUGUGUAGUAUACAGCUUGGCGAAACAGUUCUGAUGCUUCACUAUGUCCCUUAUGAGGAAAACCAUGCUCAGUGGCCUGUUAGAACACUCCCACUUCAGAGAUUAUGGAGCAGCUGUCACCACAAAUGGCCUUGGCGUGACUUCUGAAAUGAGAUGGCUACUGUAUGAGUAUAAUCUAUAUUUCAGUAGCAUCACUUAAAUGUCUUCGCUAAAUGUACUUCAAAGAAAAAUAUGCUGUUUCUCAGUAACUACCUUUUUUUUAAGCAGUUGUCUUUUUUCAUCCUUCAAUAAGUACUGUAUCACUUGUCACCGCAAUCACGUUCAUAUUAUUAAAUGUUUUUUUGUGA